CAUACUGCUGCCAUGAAUGCCUGGUUGCUGUCUGUGCUGUGCCUCCUGGGUGCCUUGGCUGUCCUGGUAGAAGGGGUCACUGUGCAGGAUGGAGACCUUUCCUUUCCUCUGGAGUCAGUGAAACAACUUAAGCACCUCCGGGAAGUACAGGAGCCCACACUGAUGAGUCACAAGAAGUUUGCUCUCAGGCUUCCGAAGCCUGUGGCACCAGAGCUAUGUAGCCAAUCUGCAUUUCCAGAAGCACUGAGGCCCCUCUGCGAGAAACCCAACGCCGAGGAGAUCCUGCAGAGGCUAGAGGCCAUUGCUCAGGACCCAAACACAUGUGAAAUCUGUGCCUAUGCUGCCUGCACGGGAUGCUAGAGUGACAUCACUUGCCUUCCUCUCAGCCCACGUGGAAGCCCCUUCUACUUUCUAGAAGCAGCAAGGCUAACAAACUCAUACCCCCAGCUUCUCAGCCUACCCUGGACACUGUGGGGAGGAGGAUGAGGAGACAACUACCCCGGGGAAGCCUUGCCUAGGGGCUAUGCUAACCCUCUGUCAAUAAAUGGAGCUACUGUA